GGGGCGAGCUGCGGAAGGGGAGGGGGCUGGCGGCGAUUGGCUGCGGCGGCGGCGGCGGCAGCGCCUCUCCGAGCCCGGAGCGGCGGCAGCGCGGAGCGGACCCGCCUGCGACCAGCGAGGCGAGGCGGCUGCAGCGGGUUUUAAAACCGUGAAAUCAUGGCUCAUUCAAAGACAAGAGCCAAUGAUGGAAAAAUCACAUAUCCUCCAGGAGUCAAAGAAAUCUCUGAUAAAAUAUCUAAAGAAGAGAUGGUGAGAAGGCUAAAGAUGGUUGUGAAAACUUUCAUGGAUAUGGACCAGGACUCUGAAGAAGAAAAGGAGCUCUACCUAAAUCUUGCUUUACAUCUUGCUUCAGAUUUUUUCCUCAAACAUCCUGAUAAGGAUGUACGUUUGUUGGUAGCAUGUUGUCUUGCUGAUAUUUUCAGAAUUUAUGCCCCUGAAGCUCCAUACACUUCACCGGACAAACUGAAGGAUAUAUUUAUGUUCAUAACAAGGCAACUUAAAGGUUUAGAAGAUACAAAAAGCCCCCAGUUUAAUCGAUACUUUUAUUUGCUUGAGAACAUUGCUUGGGUCAAGUCUUAUAACAUAUGCUUUGAAUUAGAAGACAGCAAUGAGAUUUUUACACAACUGUAUAGAACACUGUUUUCAGUAAUAAACAAUGGUCAUAACCAAAAAGUACACAUGCACAUGGUUGAUCUAAUGAGCUCUAUCAUUUGUGAGGGAGAUACUGUGUCACAGGAGCUUUUGGAUACAGUGUUAGUUAAUCUAGUGCCAGCACAUAAGAAUUUAAACAAGCAAGCCUAUGAUUUGGCAAAGGCUUUACUAAAGAGGACAGCGCAAGCAAUUGAACCAUACAUUACUAAUUUCUUCAAUCAAGUCCUCAUGCUUGGUAAAACAUCAAUUAGUGACCUGUCAGAGCAUGUGUUUGAUUUGAUUCUGGAGUUAUACAAUAUUGACAGUCACCUCUUGCUUUCUGUACUACCACAGCUCGAAUUCAAACUUAAGAGCAAUGACAAUGAAGAACGUCUGCAGGUUGUAAAACUUCUAGCAAAAAUGUUUGGGGCGAAGGAUUCCGAGCUGGCAUCUCAAAACAAACCACUUUGGCAGUGCUACCUGGGAAGGUUUAAUGAUAUCCACGUACCUAUUCGCCUUGAGUGUGUCAAAUUUGCAAGUCACUGCCUCAUGAACCACCCUGAUCUGGCCAAGGACUUAACAGAAUAUCUGAAAGUAAGGUCACAUGAUCCUGAGGAGGCCAUACGGCAUGAUGUUAUAGUAUCCAUAGUUACUGCUGCUAAAAAAGAUCUUUUGCUUGUCAAUGAUCACCUGCUAAAUUUCGUCAGAGAAAGGACACUGGACAAGCGGUGGAGAGUGAGGAAGGAAGCUAUGAUGGGACUUGCACAGAUAUACAAGAAAUAUUCAUUGCAAUCAGAAGCAGGAAAAGAAGCUGCAAAACAGAUAUCUUGGAUCAAAGAUAAACUUCUGCAUAUAUAUUAUCAAAACAGUAUUGAUGACCGGUUACUUGUUGAACGCAUAUUUGCUCAGUACAUGGUCCCUCAUAACUUGGAAACAAACGAACGAAUGAAAUGUUUGUAUUACCUUUACGCAACACUGGAUUCAAAUGCUGUGAAAGCAUUGAAUGAAAUGUGGAAAUGUCAAAAUCUGCUACGACAUCAAGUAAAGGAUUUAGUUGACCUAAUAAAACAACCCAAAACAGAUGCCAGCAGUAAAGCUAUAUUCUCAAAAGUGAUGGUUAUAACAAGAAACCUUCCUGAUCCAGGGAAAGCUCAAGAUUUCAUGAAAAAGUUCACACAAGUUCUAGAAGAUGAUGAAAAAAUAAGAAGUCAGUUAGAAAUGCUUGUUAGCCCAACAUGUUCUUGCAAACAGGCUGAAGGAUGUGUGAGGGAAAUAACAAAGAAGUUGGGCAAUCCAAAGCAACCAACAAAUCCUUUCCUGGAAAUGAUAAAGUUUCUUCUUGAGAGAAUUGCUCCUGUGCACAUUGAUACCGAAUCCAUCAGUGCCCUUAUCAAGCAAGUGAACAAGUCUAUAGAUGGAACAGCUGAUGAUGAAGAUGAGGGUGUACCUACUGACCAGGCAAUCAGAGCAGGUCUUGAAUUGCUGAAGGUACUUUCGUUUACGCACCCUAUCUCAUUUCAUUCAGCUGAAACUUUUGAAUCUCUCCUCGCUUGCUUGAAAAUGGAUGAUGAAAAAGUGGCAGAAGCUGCAUUACAAAUUUUUAAAAAUACAGGAAGUAAAAUUGAAGAAGACUUUCCUCACAUACGAUCUGCUUUGCUUCCAGUGUUGCAUCAUAAAGCUAAAAAGGGACCCCCUCGUCAAGCCAAGUAUGCUAUUCACUGCAUCCAUGCAAUAUUUUCCAGCAAAGAAACGCAGUUUGCACAGAUAUUUGAGCCACUGCAUAAAAGUCUGGAUCCAAGCAAUUUUGAGCACCUCAUUACGCCGUUGGUUACUAUUGGCCAUAUAGCCAUGCUUGCACCUGACCAGUUUGCUGCCCCUUUGAAAUCUUUGGUUGCUACUUUUAUUGUUAAAGAUUUGUUAAUGAAUGAUAGGCUUCCAGGAAAAAAGACAACAAAACUUUGGGUCCCAGAUGAAGAAGUGUCUCCUGAAACCCUUGUGAAAAUUCAGGCCAUCAAGAUGAUGGUUCGAUGGUUGCUAGGAAUGAAGAACAACCACAGCAAGUCAGGUACUUCUACUCUGAGAUUGCUAACAACAAUAUUGCACAGUGAUGGAGAUUUAACAGAGCAGGGGAAAAUAAGUAAACCUGACAUGUCUCGCUUGAGGCUGGCUGCAGGGAAUGCUAUUGUGAAGUUGGCACAAGAACCUUGUUACCACGAAAUCAUCACCUUAGAACAAUACCAGCUGUGUGCACUAGCCAUAAAUGAUGAAUGUUACCAAGUGAGACAAAUAUUUGCUCAGAAACUUCACAAAGGCCUUUCUAGACUACGGCUGCCACUAGAAUAUAUGGCUAUUUGUGCACUGUGUGCAAAAGAUCCCGUGAAAGAGAGAAGAGCUCAUGCUAGGCAGUGCCUUGUGAAGAACAUAAAUGUCAGAAGGGAAUAUCUGAAGCAACAUGCAGCAGUUAGUGAGAAACUGUUGUCACUUCUACCAGAGUAUGUUGUUCCUUAUACUAUCCAUCUUCUAGCUCAUGACCCAGAUUAUGUCAAAGUCCAGGACAUUGAACAACUCAAGGACAUUAAAGAGUGCCUGUGGUUCAUACUGGAAAUAUUAAUGGCUAAAAAUGAAAAUAACAGUCAUGCCUUUAUCAGAAAAAUGGUAGAAAAUAUCAAACAGACUAAGGAUGCUCAAGGACCAGAUGAUCAAAAAAUGAAUGAAAAACUAUAUACAGUCUGUGAUGUAGCAAUGAAUAUCAUUAUGUCAAAGAGUACAACAUACAGUUUGGAAUCCCCUAAAGACCCUGUACUUCCAGCCAGAUAUUUUACUCAACCUGACAAGAAUUUCAGUAACACCAAAAAUUAUCUUCCUCCAGAAAUGAAGUCUUUUUUCACCCCUGGAAAGCCCAAAGCAGCCAAUGUUCUUGGAGCAGUUAAUAAGCCUCUUUCGUCAGCAGGCAAGCAGUCUCAAUCCAAAUCUUCACGAAUGGAAACUGUAAGCAAUGCCAGCAGCAGUUCAAAUCCAAGCUCUCCGGGAAGGAUCAAAGGGAGGCUUGACAGUACUGAAAUGGACCACAGUGAAAAUGAAGAAUUCACACUGACUUCACCCUUACCAGGAAAGAAAACUGACAAAAGGGACGACUCUGAUCUUGUAAGGUCCGAGAUGGAGAAGCCUAGAGGAAGGAAGAAAGCCACUAUCACAGAUUCAGAGGAGAAGCUAAGCAUAGAUGACCUGAAUAAACUGGGUCAAGAGCAGAAGCUUAGAGGUAGUCAACGGGGAAGGAAGAGACCUGCAGUUGUAUCAGAAGCUGAUGAAACACAAUGGCAAGAGGAAAAACGGCUAAAAGAAGAUGUGAUAGAAAGUGAGGAUGAACAGAACAGUCCACCAAAGAAAGGGAGAAGAGGACGCCCUACCAGAACAAAUAAUGGGGCAACACCAAAGGAAGAACCAGUGGCAAAGUCAUCAAAAAGGAGCAAAAAAAAACAACCGCCAGCAGCUGCAGUGGAAGAGGAGGAGGAGGAGGAAGAAAGGCAAACUGAAAACAUUGAACAAAAACCAAAAGGCAGGCAAAAUAGGACAUCAAAAAGAACACAGCAGAGAGCAGAGCCAUCUGAAAGUAGUACAGUUGAAUCAGCACAGUCUACGCCACAGAAAAGACGAGGAAGGUCAUCACAAACACCACCAGCACAGCAAAAAAAAGUCCGUGCAGGGCGUUCUAAACAAGCAGCCAGUAAAGAGAAUGAAUCCAGUGAAGAGAUGGAUGUGUUUCAAAGUGGUUCACCUGUCAGUGAUGAUAUUCCUCAGGAAGAAGUAAUGGAAGAAGAGGAAGUUUCCACAAUCAAUGUCCGUCGCAGAACUUCCAAAAGGGAAAGACGAUGAGUGAACAUGUAGUUACCAGCCUUCCAGGUGAAAGCUUUGAAGAAUGCUUUUAAUAUAAAGCUUGAGACUGAAUGAAGCUGUUAGUGCACAAAUGGGGUUGCU